AUGAGAAAGAAUAUUAUAAAUUCUGCAGCAAAGCCAAAUUACAUGUCUGCGGGGCAGAUUAACGUGCCCAUUGUUUUUAGGGGACCAAAUGGCCCUGCUGCUGGUGUUGGUGCUCAACUUUCCCAGUGUUAUGGUGCAUGGUAUGGAUCAGUCCCUGGUUUGAAAGUUGUUGUACCAUACUCCUCUGAAGAUGGCCGUGGUCUUCUAAAAUAA